GAGGAGGAGGACGACGACAUGGACGAGGUGAGCCUGCUGUCCGAGCUGGUGGAGGCGGCCUCCUUCCUGCAGGUCACGUCCCUGCUGCAGCUGCUGCUGUCCCAGGUGCGGCUCAGCAACUGCCUGGAGCUGUACCGCCUGGCGCAGGUGUACGGGCUGCCCGACCUGCAGGAGGCCUGCCUGCGCUUCAUGGCCGUGCACUUCCACGAGGUGCUGUGCAAGCCCCAGUUCCACCUCCUGGGCUCUUCUCCUCAGGCCCCCGGGGAUGUCAGCCUCAAGCAGAGCCUGAGAGAGGCCCGGAUGACAGGCACUCCUGUCCUCGUGGCGCUGGGGGAUUUCUUGGGGGGACCCCUGGCCCCUCACCCCUACCAAGGGGAGCCCCCGUCCAUGCUCAGGUAUGAGGAGAUGACUGAGCGCUGGUUCCCGCUGGCCAACAACCUUCCCCCCGACCUGGUGAAUGUCAGGGGGUACGGGUCCGCCAUCCUGGACAACUACCUCUUCAUAGUGGGCGGGUACCGCAUCACCAGCCAGGAGAUCUCCGCGGCGCAUUCCUACAACCCCAGCACCAACGAGUGGCUCCAGGUGGCCUCCAUGAACCAGAAGAGGUCUAACUUCAAACUUGUGGCUGUUAAUUCAAAACUCUAUGCCAUCGGUGGGCAGGCCGUUUCUAAUGUUGAGUGUUACAACCCUGAACAGGAUGCCUGGAAUUUCGUGGCACCCUUACCAAACCCCCUGGCUGAGUUCUCUGCGUGUGAGUGUAAGGGGAAAAUUUAUGUCAUUGGAGGAUACACUACCAGAGACCGGAACAUGAGCAUCCUGCAGUACUGCCCCUCCGCCGACCUCUGGACGCUCUUCGAGACGUGCGCCGUGCACAUCCGCAAGCAGCAGAUGGUGUCGGUGGAGGAGACCAUCUACAUCGUGGGCGGCUGUCUGCACGAGCUGGGCCCGGGCCGCAGGGGCGGCCAGAGCGAGGACACGCUGGCCGUGCAGUCCUACAACACGGCCACGCGCCGGUGGCUCUGCCUCAAGGAGAACACGUCCAAGUCGGGCCUGAACCUGACGUGCGCGCUGCACAACGACGGCAUCUACAUCAUGAGCCGCGACGUGACGCUGUCCACCAGCCUGGAGCAUCGCGUCUUCCUCAAGUACAACAUCUUCUCUGACAGCUGGGAGGCCUUCCGGCGCUUCCCCGCCUUCGGCCACAACCUGCUGGUCUCCUCCCUCUACCUGCCCAAGAAGGCAGAAACAUGACUGCGCUGACCUGGUGUCUUACAUGCUAAGUAUUUAAGAGAAACCUGGUUCAAAGCCCGCCCCCCCGCCCCCCAUAUAGUGUCCAAUUUCAAAAGAGACCAAUUUUUAAAGGGAAAAAAUGUGCAUUUUAGGCCACAUAUACAAAAGCUGUACAUAAGCUUACUUGAACUAAUUACUUGAAAACUUGUGGAGAAAAGAGACCAACUUGUUUAUUUUUUUAAUGCUUGAUUUUUAAAUUAUGGGAGCAAAUAAAUCCAUGGUAAUGUUUUCACACAGGCAGGAUACCCCUCCGGCCAGUGACUGAAACUGAUUCUCAAAAAAAGAAGAUUCAUUGUGUCUGCUUAGUAAAGGGCCAAAGUCAAUAAUUCACAUGAAUGGUAAAGACGAUUUUAAAGUCUGCUUUGUUUAGAUCACUUGAAAUAGUGACACCUUAAGUGAGAAGGUUUUUUUUGUUUGUUUUUUUGGUUGUUAAUUUACUUGACAAACAUAUUAACACUAUGUUUCUCCUCUUUUCUCCCCAAGUCACACGCACAUGUACUUCCAAUGUGUUUAAAACAGGGUUCUAUGUUCAUGUAUUUUAUUUACACACAGCUUUCCAGGAAGUGUGCACCAAUGGAACCCAGCAUUCCAGUCCUCCUCCAAACCUGCAGAAAGACAUUCUCAGUCUUUUUUUCCCCAGUCUUUUUUCCCAGUUAUGUAUGAAUGCUGAGUAAAUAGGAAGGUAUUUCAUGUAUGUAACAGAUUGCAGAUUUAUGUGAUCAGAUGAGUUGCACUGCUAGGCAUUCUGUAUGGCUUAAGAGAGGAUAUAUUGUUCAAAAGGAUGGACCUCUAUAUUUUUAAAAUUGAGUCUUACAUUUAAAUGGGAAAGGAAGGAAGCACCAAAUAAGGAAAAAGAAAUUGCCUUUAAGAGUUGACUUAUAUUGAAUGUAUUUGACUUAGUUCUUAUUUUAAGCAUGAAAUGUAUUAUAUUUAGGUCAGGCACCUUUCUGAUUUAAUCUUGGUUUUUUAAAUUUAUGCUUUUAUGGGGUAAAGUCAGGACAGCUUUGACAUGUUUGUGCUGGUGACAGGGGAUGAGCCCCUUCCUGAGGCUGAAGUGGCAUUUGGUGAGAUUUCUGAAGUUCAGUGAGGUGCUCUACUUGCCUUGGUUGUUAAAUUAGGUAGAACCCAGCUCGAGCAGGUGUUUGUUUAUAGCGAGUCCGUUGUCAGUGAAUAAAGACUUCUGCCAUUCAUAGAUCAGCAUUUCCUGAAAGAUAUGCAGGCAUAUCUCGGAGACAUUGCAAUUGGGGUCCAGACCACUGCGAUCAGAUGAAGCAAGUUGUGAAUUUUCUGGUUUCCCAGUCAGUGCAUAUGAAGGAUACCCUAUCCUGUAGUCUGUUAAGUGUGCAACAGUAUUAUGUCUUAAAAAAGCAAUGUGUGUACCUUAAUUAAAAAAAAUACUUGAUUGCCAAAAAAAAAAAGCUAACCAUCAUAUCUGAUAAGGCAAGAUUGCCGCAAAGCUUCAAUUUGUGAAAAAAAAAAAAAGCAAUGUCUUUGAAGUGCAGUGCAGUGAAGCGC